AUGCUCGAAGGCCAUUUAGGCUCAGUUUUUUCAGUAGCCUUUUCACCCGAAGGCCGGCUGCUAGCGUCUGGCUCGGAUGAUAACACUAUACGGCUCUGGGAUCCGGCGACAGGUGCGCUGCAGCAGACGCUCGAGAGUCAUUCACGCUCGGUUCGGUCAGUGGCCUUCUCGCCUAAUGGACAGCUACUAGCGUCUGGCUCACUUGAUAAAACUAUACGGCUCUGGGACCCGGUGACAGUUCGGUCAGUGGCCUUCUCGCUCGAUGGCCGGCUGCUAGCGUCUAGCUCAAAUGAUGCCACUAUACGGCUCUGGCACCCGGUAACAGGCAUCCUGCAGGAGACCUUGAGAACAGUGCAAGUAGUCACUAAACUUGCGUUCUCCGAAGAUGGGUCACAUCUUAGAACUAACCUAGGAUCCCUUCAUAUUCAAUCUCUCAACGACUAUCAUAUCUCCCACUCACCUAAGUCGAACCUAGAGAUAUACUUAGUGCAGGGGGACUGGUUAACCGAGAACGGAGAACAAGUACUAUGGUUGCCUCCUGAGGCUCGGCCAACUUGUUCGGCACUUAGACAGAAUCAAGUUGUCCUAGGGCAUGCAUCAGGCCGGGUUUCAUUGAUAGGAUUUCGGGUACAAUAG